AUGGAGUUGUAUCCUCUGCCUCCUUCCCAGACCCGGCCCGGGGCGAUCCAGCCGGUGGGGCGCGUGCGGCCCAGCACCUCCCCAGCGACGCCAGAGGGCCACAGCCCCAACCCCUUCCAGCAUGGCCCCUCCCCCUUCAACUCCCAGACCUCUGCUGACCUCUGCUGGAGGACUGUGACCCGGGCGUACCCAGGCCGGGCUUCCUGCUCCCCGACAGCCAGCCGCUCAGCUGCACAGCCGCAUCCGUCAGUUCUCCCUGCUCUCACGCACGCCCGCCCGCCCAGCCUUGUUGUAUUUCCCUCGGCGUCUCCAUGGAGACCGUUGCCAUGGCAGCCGGCUAUCACUCCGCCGGCGUGGCUCUGGCGCUGGAAUGACAGCCAGAGCCUGAGGAGGCUUUUCAAAGUCAGCGUGGCUCCAGGAGAGGCCUGCGAUAGCGCGGCCUCCGUGCUGCAUUAUGCAUGGCGCCCGGAGCCCGGUGGCGCAGGGCCGUGUGUGAACAGAUACGGGCGGAUUAGCUCCGCUGAGCUGGGGGAGGUGUGCCACGGCGUCCUG